CAAACGUUUCCACUCGAAUGUCUUUUCUUUUCGACACAUCUUCACGAAGGCUCUUGCGAAUGACCCUUUUGUAACGCAGCAUGAACAUCCUUCGACGGCGCAAUGUCGCCGCCAGCUCCUCAGCUCCCAGCGAAAGUCGCCCUCCACAUGUAGACGCACCUCAAACGCCAUCCAACGACCACACAGACUUCCGGAUCUUGCCGGCUGAAAAACUCCAUGAGAUCAUUCAUAGGCCGAAGGGCUCAAAACGACAAAAAGCGUGGAUUUUCGGGCUGGGAGGCAUAUUCGGCAUAGUGAUCGCAGCGCUUUUUGCGAAGCAGAACGAGAUGCUUGAUCUAGCUGCGUUCUCAGACUUGAACCUGGACAGCAUAAUAGACGUACUUCCUGCAGGCAUUCUGAGUGAUGCAAAAAAUUUCCAGAAGCACGAGAAAGAUGCGGUCAGCUAUGAUUCAUUUGCUGUUGGACUACAGGUUAAGGCUGAGGGCGUCAAGGCGACGCAUCCAGUGAUAAUGAUACCGGGCGUAAUUUCGACUGGUCUCGAGAGCUGGAGCACCGAAGAAGAUGCACGGUCGUAUUUCAGAAAGAGAUUGUGGGGCAGCUGGACGAUGAUGCGCGCAUUAGUCCUAGAUCAAGCAGGAUGGAAGAAGCAUAUCAUGUUAGACAAAGAGACUGGUCUUGAUCCUCCAGGUGUUAAGCUGCGUGCAGCGCAAGGCUUUGAUGCUACCGAUUUCUUCAUCACGGGUUAUUGGAUAUGGAACAAGAUUUUGGAGAAUCUCGCGACGAUCGGUUAUGAUCCCUCCAAUGCUUUCACGGCAGCAUACGACUGGCGAAUGAGCUACUUGAACUACGAGAGAAGAGACCAGUUUUUCACGAGACUAAAAUCGCAUAUCGAAAUCGCAUACCGAAUACAGAACAAGAAGGUCGUGUUGCUGUCUCACAGCAUGGGCUCGCAAGUCUUAUACUAUUUUUUGCACUGGGUUGAGGCCGAGGGCUACGGAAAUGGAGGUCCAGCGUGGGUUGAAACGUACGUGGAUUCGUGGAUCAACAUCAGCGGCUGUAUGUUGGGGGCAUUGAAGAGUGUGACCGCGUUGCUUUCAGGCGAGAUGAAAGAUACUGCACAGCUCAACACGUUCGCUGUGUAUGGACUUGAGAAGUUUUUGAGCAAGUCGGAGCGCGCAGAAAUUUUCCGUGCUAUGCCAGGCAUUUCGAGCAUGCUGCCAAUCGGUGGUGAAACUAUAUGGGGUAACUUGACCUGGGCUCCGGAUGACCAACCUGGCCAGGAAGUCUCUUAUGGCAACUUCAUUCGCUUCAGGGAGGUCAAUGGCACAGCACAAAAUCGCUUCAACCUUACGGUUUCCCAGGCCUUCCCCUUUUUAUGGAACGAAACUGAAGAUUGGUUUAAGACGAUGGUCUUACAGAACUACUCUCAUGGUAUCGCUCAUACGCGGAAAGAAGUUGAGGCCAACCAGAAAAUUCCAGCCAAAUGGAUAAACCCGCUGGAGACAAGGCUGCCACUUGCUCCCAACCUCAAAAUUUACUGCUUCUAUGGCAUUGGGAAACCUACCGAACGAGCGUACUUCUACCGAGACGAGAACUCACCUUUCAGCAAAGUCAACGCUUCAAUAGACACUGAAUUGACUAUUAACGAUAUUGACCAUGGAGUUGUGAUGGGCGAGGGCGACGGAACUGUGAAUCUGCUUAGCGCAGGGUACAUGUGUGCCAAGGGUUGGAAACUCAAGAGAUACAAUCCGGCCGGUGUUCAAGUCAAGGUCUACGAGAUGCCACACGAGCCAGACAGAUUCUCCGCUCGAGGUGGCCCGAACACGGCAGAUCACGUUGAUAUUCUAGGUAGAGCCGGGCUCAAUGCUUUGAUUCUGAGGAUCGCUGGUGGCAAGGGUGAUCUGAUUAAUGAGACAAUACGGUCUAAUAUUCGGGAGUACGCGGACAAGAUCCAGAUCUUCGAUGAGCCUUGAGCUAUAUGGAUUAAGUUUCACGAAGCACUUUCCGGUUGUUCUUUGUAUGCUCCUAAACCCAUGAUACCUUUAGAACAGUGUAAUUGUUGCGACAAAAUUUAGCAGGGGUGGCACAUUUGCAAAACAAUGUAGCUGCGUGUUCAUAUAGCAGAGACAUUGCAGUCAGCGUCGCUUUCGGUAAUGCAAGCUUUAUUUGCCUGCAUACAUACGUGAACGACUUCUAAGUUGGCCAAAUACGAUUGUUAGUGAUCAAGC